AUGAUAUCUAUAAAUAAAUCACAACAACAAUUCAAUCUUGAUCACAAUCAUCAUUCAUUUCAAACAAACAUCAUUGUAGAUAAACCUUAUAGUUGCAAGUUUUGUCAUAUCAAUGAUCCUUUAAUUCAUAUUCCUUCAUUAGUUUCAACUUGUACAAAAUGCAAUAUAGUAGUUCAUAAUAAAUGUAUAACAUUAAAAGAACAUUUUCAAAAUCAAUGUAAAAAUAAUAAUAAUAAUAAUAAUAAUAGUAGUAACAAUAGUAAUAAUAAUACUAGUGGAGGUCAAAAAAUAAGUAGAUCAAAUUCAAUAACAUGUUUAUUUAAAAAGUUAUUUUUCUCUAAACAAUCACCAAAAAAACAAUUUAUAAAAUUUGGAUUAGAUAUUACAUCAACAUCAUCGUUACCAUUAACUUUGGAUAAUUUAAUUCAAUGGAUAAAAUUAUUAAGAUUUGAUAAUGAUAGAAAUAUUAAAAUAUUAAAAAAUUAUGAUAUUUUUGAUAAUAUUAAAAUUAAUCAAGAAAUAUUUGAUUAUUUAAUUGGUAUUUUACAAUCUGGAUCGAAAUAUCAUGAUUGUUUAUCAGAUUUUGAAAAUAUUGCCAAUAUUCAAAAUGAACAAUUUAUAUCCCUAACAUUACUCUAUAGAAUCAUGUUUAAUUGGGAGAAUACAAUCUAUUUUAAUGAUUUGGAUGUUGUCAAUUUUCUAUCAGAUCUCUAUAAAGAAUAUUUGGCAACUUUAAAUUCAUCAUACGAUCCAAAUACUCAUCAAUUAUCUUUAAAAUUAUUAACCAUUUUAUUAUUAUUAUUUGAAAAUCAAACCUAUUUAGUAUUAUCAUUUAAUUCAAGUUUAAUUGAAACAUUUAUAAACCUAAGUAAUCAUAAAAAUUUAUUAAAAGAAUCAUGGACAGAACAAGAAGAAAAUGUAUUGGGAAGAGUGAUUGUACUUCUUGGUCAAUAUUAUCAUCAAGAACCAUUCCAUAGCGCAAUUGAAAAACAUCCAGAAUGGAUCGAUCUAAUUAUAAACUAUUCAACCAAGAACCAAAUUUGUCUUGUACACAAAGAGUUGCAGCCAUCAGAUAUUCAACUUGGACCAUUCAUUUACGAAUCACCACUUUGUGUCGUUUACAAGGGUAGUUGUACAGGACAAGAGGAUACUGUUGCCAUUAAACAAUUGUCGGUAGAGAGCCUUGGUUUUGAAUGGCCACUCUUUUUCAAGGAAACUACCAUCAUUUGUCUCAGUCAACAUCCACUUGUCAUUAAAUGUCUUGGUGCUCAUACUCUCCAAACAGAAAAACCAUUUAUUGUCACAGAAUUGUGUAGUCGUGGAAAUAUAAUCCAAGCACUCAAUAGUUUUGGAUCGGAACCACCCUUUGAAUUGGUAGUCAAUAUGGCUGUAGAAGCCUCUCGCGCAAUGAAUUACCUACAUUCCAAAGGUAUAACACAUCGUGAUGUUAAACCUGCAAAUUUCCUAGUCAAAGAUUGUUAUAGUGUAAAAUUAAUAGAUUUUGGUACUUCAAAAGUUUUAGAUCAAAAUUUAAAAAUGACGGUAAUUGGUACUCCUGUUUAUAUGGCAGAAGAAGUAGUAAAAGGUCAAUCAUAUGAAAAUUCAGCAGAUAUUUAUUCAUUUGGUAUAAUGUUGUGGGAAAUGUUUACAAGAAAGAUACCAUUUGAAGGAAUGAAUGAAUUUGAACGUAUCAAUUUUGUUUUAAAGGGAGGUAGACCAACAAUACCAGACACUGUUCCAAUCAAAUUGGCCAAUUUAAUUAGACAAUGUUGGGAUUCUAAUCCAAGCGCUAGACCAACAUUUAAACAAAUUAUAGAUUGUUUGGUUUCAAUUGUAGAUCCAGUCACAAAGAGAUCCAUUGUAAACAUUCAUCAAAGAAUGAAUACUGCAACACUUUCAAAUGUAUUUAAAUACCUAGACACUGAAUCACUUUUAAAUUGUAGCAGAGUAUCUAGACAAUGGAAAAGAUCAGUCUAUGAAAGUAUUUGUUCCAAUUUCAAAGAGUAUGAAAAUAUUUAUUGGUCUCCAAAAAGGAAAUCACUUUGUCCAAUUGAACAAAAUUUAAAAUCAAAUAAAAAGUAUUAG